AUGGAGGAUACCUCCUUGUCCGAGAUGCCCCUCGAGUUCCCUCAAGUGGGUUCUCCUGUGUCGCCAAGUCCAAACACGUCCUUUGACCGGCUACCAGCCAAUGUGAUUGAACACAUCCUUUAUGCUGCGGAUGCCAAUACAUUUGCGUCAUUGUCUUUGUUGAAUCGACAAUGGAAACUUGUGUCUGACUCGGCAGCAUUAUAUGCAUAUCAGUUGUCACGCUGUCCCUCAUUUUCGUGGACUCGCCAGGUUAUAUCUGAGACAGAAGACCUCGUUAAACUCAAGCAACAGUUCGUUCAGGAGGUCAGACAAAAUGCCUUUGAUGUAUUCUUACGACCCCGUCAAACGCUCGUGCGACUUAUUUCAAGUUCUAUGAGCUCAUCUACAGCUUUUCCACAUGGCGAAGUAUUUCGUUUUUUAUUUUCAGCCAAUGGUCAAAUGGUUCUAUGUAUCACGUCUUCUCGCAUUGUCAUCCUAGAUGUGUCUACUGAUCCAGUCAUCGUCAAGCACGAGCUCAUGACUCGAAGGCGGCCGCUGGGAGCCGCAAUUCGCGAUGAUGGCUCUCUCCUUGCCGUAUUGUCUUCCACACAUCGAGUCAAUAUCUAUCAGCUCUCUGACGAUGAAGCCAAAAACAUUCAAGUUCUCACGCUCAAUGAUGCUCCAAAGGACAUUCAAUUUUCCCCAACGGGUAGUGUACUAGCCCUGGCUUUUGAGGAUAGCAUUGAAGUGUAUGCUGUGGGCGAAGCCGCUUUGCCAACCCACCGCCGGGCAGUGCGUUGUCCGCGUGUUGAUGCUCUUUCAUUUUCGCUUGAUGGAGCAAUGCUGCUUGGGUUUACAGCUGAUAGUAUUGUCACUAUCACUCCUCCUUUCUAUACCGAGACUGGAACCGACGCCUCACCUGAAGAGCUCGAAAUGCGGAUGUGGACCACACAGAUUCUCUUUCCCGAGACAAUUAGCUGUCAAAUCACCCAUGCCUCCCUUAUUGCUGGCCAUGAGGAAGUUGACGAUCACUGGAUGAUUGGUUAUGACAAUCAACUGGCGGCGUUUAGGGCAAUUCAACUAAAGCAAAAUGCGGGAAUUGUUCAUUUCGCCAGCCCAUUCUUGGGUGAUGAGUCUCAAGAAAUGCUACCAAGCAUGAGACCUGCCACAGACGAUGCAGGAGAGCUUGCUGCCUUGGGAUUCGAAGACUCAGAGCUCUGGAUAUAUGGUAUACCUAGCCUGACCACUCACAGUGGUAUUGAUGGUACCCAUAUUGGUGGAGGUCAUCACUGUGCAGAUUGUCCACCUCAUGACAAUUUGGUACAACUCCAGAAAAUUGUCCGACAACCUAAAAUCUUGAUUAGGGGACGACGGGUUACUGAUAUGCAAGGGAUCACUUCCGCUCACUGGGUACGCUCAACAUCUGGAAAAAGAUAUCACAGACUCGUCGCGGUGGCCCCCGGCGGUGUACACCCGCAAAUAUUUGGCGAAGAAGGCAUCCCAGUUGACGGUGGACGAAUCCUCCUUCUCGACUUUGAACGUUCUACAAGUAAUGGAGCGACGAUCGAGAUUGACAUUGAGGUUGGAGAAAUCGCGCCUAAACUUCUCAUGGAGCCGGACUCCUCUAUGGCCACCGAAGUCGAGCUCGAAAGAAGGCGAACAAGCAUACAGCGUCGUGAUACCGCUACAACAUUCCGACCAACUCGAGAAUCUCGAGCCCUGCCAUUCCGUUUCCGGCGGAACAGUCUCGCAGCUCCCAACUCGCCCAACGGAAUCUCUAGCGAAGUGCCUGACCUCCCAUAUGACAAUACGCAGCCUCGUUCCCGUGAACUCCUCCAACGAGCUGCCACUGUAGCUGACAGAAACCGUGGGCGAUAUGACCCGCGAUAUCGCAAUUCUCCCAACCCACGACACGUGCCGCAUGAGAGCGACGCCGACAAUUGGGUACCACCACCUCCACCUUAUCAACCCGAGACAGAGACCCCAUUGCCAGAUGAUCUACAGAGAACACUUCUCGUUCCACCGAGUCUUUCUCCCCAAUCUGGCCGAACGCAAGCCACCCGUGUCGCACAGCAGCAAUCGGCCCGUCCACGCCCACAGCCGGUCACGGUACUGGGAACUGGCGCUUUAACCGGCGCCAGACGAAGAGGAGGAUCCAUCGGCAGAGAAGGAGACUACUUCACCCAAGAACAAUUACUCCCACAGGACUCGUUGACGAACAACCUCUCCCCACACCAAGGAUAUCCCUCGGGUCCAAGCCCACUGACGCCUACAUUUGCCAUACACCCAGCCGAAACCGCGCAGGAAAGCACCAUGCCUCUUCCAUAUCUGGGAGCCACAGCACUGGGCGAUGCACUAGGCGCUGCAUACUUUCCAUACUCUAUAUCAUCGCCAAAUCUCCUUCACAUCCCGCAGCCAUAUGAAGAUGAGCAGCGCACUGCACCAGAUGACGAGCAUGAGAUACCUCAGAGGCAACGGUCGUUCCACAGGCGUGUUUCAACAGAACCUACUACCUUGCCACCACCUCAGAAUGAGGAAUGGCGACGGCGUAUUAUGGAUUGGAAUGAUCAUACAAUCAAAGAACGGGGUCGCAAGCGAAGAGGGAAGUGCCAUGUCAUGUAA